CCUCGCGCACUUUCGAUUCUGCCUGCAACCGUUUUAGUCCUGCUGCCGCCCGGGGGUGGGGUAAGGCGCUCCGCAGAUUUUCCUUUCUUUCCCUUUGGGAGGCAAGGGCCGAGGGACCUUCAGUGCCUCCUAGCCUCACCUAGGCACUCGCGGGUUAACAGCCUCGACUAACGGCCUCGGGGUGUCCGGAAGGACUUGAAAUUCUCCAUCACUGAAAUCCUAGCUUCUGCGGAGCCACUGCUCUCCUACUCGGGACCCUGGCCGAGCCCGGGAGUAGGGCUGGAAGCAGCCUAGCUCCUCCGGCUAGGCCGAGGUCGCUACUCCCCACCCCACGCUGCAUAUUCGCUCCCCCAGGACUCAGUGGAAGGGGGCCAGUAGCCUGGCCAGCUCCAGCCCGUUGUCCCUCGGGUCGCCCUGCCCUAUGAGCCUUUCUCCUGAAAGACACAUUUCAGAAAUCUCACUCUUAGCUGACAGGAGCGUUGGAUCCCAGAUCUGAACCAGGCAGAUUGAGCUCCCCUGCAGUAAUGAAAGGAAAUACACUGAAAUUUCUGAUCCCAGAAUCCCAUUGAAAACUCCCCCUGAAUGAUGGGUGAGACAUUCUCCCAUUUGGGCUCUCGGGAGGAGAACAGGUCUAUCCUGCCGCCCAGCCCGGCCACUGGCAGCAACGCUGCCCGAUACUCCAGCACCCGAAGCAGCAAAUCCUUCUGUUCCCGAGCGCCUUGUGAAGGGGCUGCCCGUGCCAGCUUUGUGAUUUGUCCCACCUGUCAGGGUAGCGGGGAGAUCCCACAAGAGCUAGAGAAGCAGUUAGUGGCCCUCAUCCCCUAUGGGGACCAGAGGCUGAAGCCCAGGCGCACGAAGCUUUUCGUGUUCCUGGCCGUCCUCAUCUGCCUUGUGACCUCCUCCCUCAUCGUCUUUUUCCUGUUUCCCCGGUCCAUCGCCGUGCAGCCUGCGGGCCUCAACUCCUCCACGGUAGCCUUUGACGAGGCUGACAUCCACCUCAACAUAACGAAUAUCUUAAACAUCUCCAAUAGCAACUACUACCCCAUCACGGUGACCCAGCUGACCAUCGAGGUUCUGCACCUGUCCCUCGUGGUGGGGCAGGUCACCAAUAGCCUCCUCCUCCACAUCGGUCCUUUGGCCAGUGAACAGAUAUUUUAUGCAGUGACCAACAAAAUCUGGGAUGAAAACACAUACAAAAUCUGUUCCUGGAUGAAAAUCAAAGUCCACCACGUGCUUUUGCACAUCCAGGGCACCCUGACCUGUUCCUACCUGAGCCAUUCAGAGCAGCUAGUCUUCCAGAACUAUGAGUACGUGGACUGCCGGGGAAACUCGUCAGUGCCCCACUUGCUGGUCCCUCAUCCGCCGUGACCUGCCUGCUGGUCCCGCACUCCAGGCCCCUGCCAGCCUGGGCUGUAUCUCCCAGAACCCAAGGAAGGACUACAGUGACUUUGCCAAAGGAAAAGCUCUGCUUUAUUCUACCUCCCCCCACCACACACACCCCCUCAACCACAGGAAGCCCUAUGUGGAAGUUAACUUUACACACACACACACACACACACACACACACACACGCGCGCGCGUGCGCACGCACAGAUGCACGUCACUCACAUCCUCUGACUUCCACCAGAAAAGAAAUCUGGUUCUUCUAGGAGCCAGUGCCAGGCUUUCCCCUGUGUCUGUCUUGAGGAGAGCCUGACCUGAUAUAGCCUUGAGGUGUCUGGAGUGGCAUCUGUUCUCUGUACUGAGUACCUUGGUUGCCUCGCUCCUCUGGGGCUGGCCUUCCUCCUGCCUGAAGGGAGAACUCUUUCAUUUUAUCUGGCUUUUAAAAUAUGGAUCUUUUUCAAGUUCCCCACCUAGUGUUGGGAGGGUGACUUGAGGGAUGUCGGUGCUGUCUAGUUCCUUCUGGCUUUGGUCAUGUGACAAAGGGGUGGGGCUGGUCAGCUUCUCUCUUGGGAACUUGUGCCCCUACAGCAAGGGGCAAGGUAGGCUAAGGGCCUGCAGCUCGGCGGCCUCCCCAGUUAAAGGCUGCCCCCGUUCCUAGGAAGACAGAGCUUUUCUCUGGCUAAAGCUUCUCGCCAGAAAAUCGUUUUAUUAUUCCCAUGACAGCAGGAGCAAACAUAGUAGGGGAGGAUAGGGAGGCAUCUGGCACCCCCUCCGUCUCUCCAGGAAAAAAAAAAAAAAAAAAACAGAUGAAGCCAGAGUCACUUGGGAAGGCAUUUAUUGAAGUUAGGUUUCUGGCUGGUGGUUGGCCCACAACCCUGGACCCAGGUCAGUCAGCCGGUGGCCCCAGCUGCUGCUCUGCGAUAGCUUACAGAGGUCAAGCUGUCAGGAUUCGGCCACAAGCUACUGGGCUCUACGGCCUCCCCGGCUUAGCUCCAAGGCCCAUCCUCUGCUCCCAGAGGCCUCUGCUUUCCUUCGGGCAUGGGCAGGCUGGAACCGCACAUCAGGAGGGGCUGGUCUUAACCUCUCUCUGCUGUCACUCGGGUGAAGAAGCCAAGUCCCAGCUAACUCGGGCUCCCACUGGGCUGCAGCUGGAGGCACUGAGCAGGAAUGGUAAUUGCUCGCUAAAGGCAGCUGUGGUUUCUCUCAGGCCUGGAGAUGAACUUAGGUGGUGGGGAAAGCUGAAUGCCAAGUUGAAUGGGUAGAGAGGAGGCAGUGGGGACAGCACCUGGCUAGCUGGCUGCGGGGGACAACGGGAAGGAAGGAGGUUGUCCUGUCUCCCCGCAUUCUUGCCUGAGUAACUAGAGUCAGGAAGAGGCUGGCAGGAGCACAAAAGUCCGGAAAGGCCAGCCUGGAGUUUCUGCUGAGUGUCAGUUGCCAAAUGUAAAGGAUUUAUAUUGUAUUCAGUGAAAUACACUUCACAAUGUUAAAGAGUAAACAAAGAGCCUCCUGUGAGUUGGGAGGAGAGCUGGACCUGCACGACACUGUUGGGCUGUUUGGGGGUGUCUAGGUGGGUGCCAGCCUCUUCUCCCCAGGCCCUGAGCCCCUCUGCUAACCCUCCCCUCUCCCCCUUCCUUCACCUUGUGUCUCUUAAGUUC